UCCCGGCUCCCCGCGCACACGCGGCAGGCGCCCCACACGGGCGCCGCCAACCCCCUUACCCCGCCAUCGGCGCCUCGCUCCGCGCCCCCGGAAGCGCCGCGCCACUUCCGGCCGAGGCCCCGCCCCCCGGCGCAUUGGCACAGGACCCGGGGACCAUGGGCGCCACCAGGCUCUAUACCCUGGUGCUGGUCCUGCAGCCCCCACGCCUUCUCCUGGGCAUGAAGAAGCGCGGCUUCGGGGCCGGGCGCUGGAACGGCUUCGGAGGUAAAGUACAAGCCGGAGAGACCAUCGAGGCCGGGGCCAGGAGGGAGCUGCAGGAGGAGAGCGGGCUAACCGUGGACACGCUGCACAAGGUGGGCCACAUCGUGUUCGAGUUCGUGGGCAACCCCGAGCGGAUGGACGUGCACAUCUUCCGUACCGACUGUGUGCAGGGCACACCUGUGGAGAGCGAUGAAAUGCGCCCACAGUGGUUCCAGCUGGACCAGAUCCCCUUUGGCGACAUGUGGCCCGACGACAGGUACUGGCUGCCGCUCCUGCUGCAGGGCAGGAAGUUCCAGGGCCACUUCAAGUUCCAGGGCCAGGACACCAUCCUGGACUACACACUGCGAGAGGUGGACGUGCUCUAGCCGGAGGGCCGGAGCCGCCGGGCUCACGGAGCGCAGCUGACUUGUGCUGGACUGUCAUUGGACUGAAGGAAAAUAAAGGCUUUUUUUUUUUUUUUUU